ACUUUGAAGUCAUUUUCCCUAUCAAAGAGAUAUGUUAACUUUUCUUGGUCCAGAGGCAACAAUCGUCUUUCUGACUAUGCACACCUUCAGAAGAACCCAACUCCACCGCGCUCUUCCUCUCCAAAUCCAGUUCCUCCGCCUCCUCUCCUCCAUCUCCGCCACCACUGUCACCCCCUGGUACGCUGCUCCGCCCUCAUCACCCAACAACCAAAACACAGACCCACUCCUCACCACUCUCUCCCAAGCCAUCACCAACAAAUCAAACCCUCUCGAAACCUCUGUCCGUAAACUCCUCCCGUCUCUCAAACCCCAUCACAUAAUCGACCUAAUCAACCUAAACCCACAUUCUCUUGACCCACACGACCUCCUAUCCUUCUUCAAAUGGCUAUCCACUCAACCCCCAUUCCGCCACACCAUCCAAUCUUACUUUACCAUGAUCAAAUUCCUCUCCGCUCAUCAAAUGUUCCAGCAAUCCGAAUCUUUACUCCAUUUCGUAGUCUCACGAAAAGGGAAACACUCCGCUGCUUCUGUCUUCCAAGCAUAUAUCGAUACUAAAGGUACAGAACAUAAUGAAUUUGUCAUUGGUGCUCUCGUUAACUGUUACGUGGACAAUGGGUUUAUUUCCGAUGCUAUUCAAUGUCUUCGGUUGGCGAAAAAACAAAACUUUAGGGUUCCAUUACAGUGUUGUGGACGAGUUCUUGACUAUUUAAUGAAAUCUAAUUCCAGUUCGACUGCUUGGGGUUUUUAUGUGGAGGUUUUGGGACAUGGAUAUCCCCCAGAUGUAUAUACUUUCAAUAAAUUGAUGCAUAAGUUUUCUAAAGACGGUAUGAUCAACGAUGCUAAACUGGUGUUCGAUGAAAUUACUAAGUGGGGGCUAAGACCUAGUUUAGUUAGUUUCAAUACUUUGUUGAAUGGAUACUGUAAAUCAGGUAAACUGGAAGAAGCGUUUCGGUUAAAAAAAGCUAUAGAAGAGACCAAUCUUGCUCCAGAUGCAUUUACAUACAGUGUUUUGAUUAAUGCCCUAUGUAAAGAAAAUAGAUUAGGUAAUGCAUACCAGUUGUUCGAUGAAAUGUCUACAAGAGGUUUAAACCCCAAUGACGUUAUCUUUACAACCUUAAUUAACGGAUUAUGCAGUAAUUCAAAGACCGAUUUAGCAAUGCAGAUGUACAGUAAAAUGCUGGUGAGAGGAAUCAAAGCUGAUUUAAUUACCUUCAACACCCUAAUCAAUGGCCUUUGCAAGAGUGGUAAAAUAGGCAAAGCUAGGAAUCUCAUUAAUGAAAUGUCACGUGAAGGGUUAAAACCUGACAAAAUCACUUACACGUGUCUCCUUGAUGGGUGUUGCAAGGAGGGAGAUUUGCAAUUAGCACUUGAAGUCAAAGAAAAAAUGGUGAAAGAAGGCAUUGACCUUGAUGAUGUGGCAUUCACAGCUCUUAUAUCGGGUUUAUGUAGGGAAGGAUUUGUUGUUGAUGCAGAAAAGUUAUUGAGGGAAAUGACAAAAUUGGGUCUGAAACCUGAUGACGCAACUUACACUAUGGUUAUUGAUGGGGUUUGUAAGAAGGGAGAUGUAAAAAUGGGGUUUCAGUUGUUGAAGGAGAUGCGUAGGGAUGGAGUUGUUCCAGGGAUUAUAACAUAUAAUGUGUUGAUGAAUGGAUUGUGUAAAUUAGGGCAAAUGAAAAAUGCAAGUAAGUUAUUGCAAUCGAUGCUUGAUUUGGGUGUGUUUCCAGAUGAUAUUACUUACAAUAUUUUAUUGGAAGGUCACUGUAAAUAUGGAGAUCCUGAGGUUUUGGAGAAAUUAAGAAGUGAAAAAGGAGUAAUUUAUGAUUAUGCUUCUUAUAUCUCUCUCGUAGAAGGGUCUGUUAAAAGUUGUCAAUUUCAAUAGUGUGAACAAAGUGUUGUAAAAUCGAUUUAGUACAAAGAAAGUGGAUUUGAAUUGAGAGGUAUGUAUUGCUUUCUUUUCUCGUUCUUUCUCUAUCAAUUCCCAACACUUCAUUUACAUGCAUAUUAUGUGUUUGAUGAAA